AUGGACUUGGACCAUGAGGAUCAGCUGGACCCCGCGGAUGCGGACACGCUCCAGGAUCACACAGUCGCAGGGCGACGCCACACAACCACCAGUGUCGACUUGCCGUCUCAGAAAGGUCGCCUUCGCUUGCGGCCAAAGGUUCCAGUUGUGGAAGGCUAUGAAGGCAAAGCUGUCAGCCGGGAUGAGGUCUUCGGUCGCGAGGAUGAGGACCUGCAAGGGUAUGACCGCUUGCAGCAGCGACUAAAUUAUGAUUUGGAUAGUGUGGAUGAUGACCUUGCCGGGGACGGCUCAGCCUUUGGAAUUUCUGGUGAUCUUGAGAAAGAAUACUCCAAGUUGAUGCGGUCGACAGAAAGAGAGAUGGCAGUUAUGCGGCAGCCUUCCACUGCGGACAUCGCAGCAAGAGAAGAGAAUGCGAAAGACCUGAAAAGGCAAAUUGAGAUGUGGGGCGCGCUUGUUGAGCUUCGCAUCCACUUGGAGGGAGCAUUGUCGGUGGGCCACAGGCUGCCAACAGGAAUUGUUGCAGGCCUUUUCGACAAAGCAGACAGCCGCAUCGUGACACAGAGUGGUGCGGCUGGGGGAGACGUUCGCAAACUGCUAGGAGCUUUGAUGGCACUACAGGAGAAGAUGAUCCACCAAGAGUGUCCCAGUUUGUCGACGGAUCCUAGUGAGGAAGUAAACACCGUCCCCAGCUUGGAAGACAAGACUUGGGAGUUGGCAGAUACCAGGCUACAGGCAGUUCUGGACUGGGCACUGAACGUGGCAGACGAGUGGAAAGAGCAUACACGCUUGGACUCCAGGCGCUCUUUCGAGAUGCUGGACCAGUCACUGCGGCUCCAGAUGCAAGCAGUUUCCGAUGCUGAGCCAGAGAAGUUGCGGAAGCGCUGCACCCCAGCUCCUGGCAAACAUGCUGUUUUUGGCAAGUCCCUCAAAGCCUCAGUGGAGGGCGAGGACGUGGACACAGCUGGCGUGGCUCCGGAGGGUGUAGAUGUACAUCUUGAGAACAUUUUCGAUGAUCGGGACUUCUACGUGCAGUUGCUGCGAGAAGUGCUAUCUGGCAGCGCAGGUGGUGCACUUAGCGCUCAAAGUGCUGAGGAAAGAGAACUCUACGCCGAAGUGCAAGGUCGACGAGCUGCCAAAAGAAAGGCGAAAGCUGAGGUCGAACGUCGUGCUUCUAAGGGAAGGAAGAUUCGCUACAGGCCUAUCGAGAAAUUGCAAAACUUCAUGACCGGUCGUCCACGCGGAACUUUCAAUUCUCAAAAAAUCUUGGGAUUGGAGGAUGUGGAGCCGCUUAGUCAACAUGCCUGCAAUGCAAUGUUGCGAUCUUUGUUUGCACCGGCGAAAGCGUCAUAG